AUGAGCCCACGACACGGAACCAUGCGGCUGGCCUGCAUGUUCUCAUCCAUCCUGCUGUUCGGAGCUGCGGGCCUCCUCCUCUUCAUCAGCCUGCAGGACCCCACAGAGCUGGCCCCCCAGCAGGCGCCAGGAAUAAAGUUCAACAUCAGGCCACAGCAGCCUCACAACGACCUCCUGCCCGGCAGUUCCCAGGGUGGUGACUUGAAGGUGUCUACAGAGAGGGUCGCCCAGGACUUGUCCAGCCGGGCUCCAAGGGACCUCAGCCCGCCAGUGCCUGACCGGCCUCAACCCCACCUGAAGCUGAGAGCCCGCCCGCGACCCCGGCAGCGCCGCCGGCGGCUGCUUAUCAAGAAGAUGCCGGCUGCGGCGGCCGCCCCGGCCAACAGCUCGGCCGGGACCUUCGGCCGGCCGGGACCGCGGGCCCUGGACCGCCGCUGGGUGAGCCUGCACCAGAGCCAGCAGGAGCGCAAACGGGUGAUGCGGGAGGCGUGCGCCAAGUACCGGGCGAGUAGCAGCCGCAGGGCCGUCACCCCCCGCCACGUGUCGCGCAUCUUCGUGGAGGACCGCCACCGCGUGCUCUACUGCGAGGUGCCCAAGGCCGGCUGCUCCAACUGGAAGCGGGUGCUGAUGGUGCUCGCCGGGCUGGCCCGGUCCACCGCCGACCUCCAGCACAACACGGUGCACUACGGCAGCGCGCUCAGGCGGCUGGACACCUUCGACCGCCAGGGCAUCCUGCAGCGCCUCAGCACCUACACCAAGGUGCUCUUCGUGCGCGAGCCCUUCGAGAGGCUGGUGUCUGCCUUCCGCGACAAGUUCGAGCACCCCAACAGCUACUAUCACCCCGUCUUCGGCAAGGCCAUCCUGGCCCGGUACCGGGCCAACGCCUCGCGGGAAGCCCUGCGGACGGGCUCCGGGGUGCGGUUCCCCGAGUUCGUGCAGUACCUGCUGGACGUGCACCGGCCGGUGGGCAUGGACAUCCACUGGGACCACGUCAGCCGGCUCUGCAGCCCCUGCCUCAUCGACUAUGACUUUGUGGGCAAGUUCGAGAGCAUGGAGGACGAUUCCAACUUCUUCCUGAGCCUCAUCCACGCGCCGCGGAACCUGACCUUCCCCCGGUUCAAGGACCGGCACUCUCAGGAGGCGCGGACCACAGCCAGGAUCGCCCACCAGUACUUCGCGCAGCUCUCGGCCCUGCAGCGGCAGCGCGCCUACGACUUCUACUACAUGGACUACCUGAUGUUCAACUACUCCAAGCCCUUUGCAGACCUGUACUGA